AUGGCUGAGUCGGAGGAGGGAAGAGGUAUUAACGUUAAGGGAAAGAUCUUUUGCAAUAACAAGGUGGGGCAACGUUGUGGGCUGAAUGUUGCAGCAGCUUAUCUACGAAACGGUAAAGAGGACUCCGUGAACAGAGAAGAUCCAGCUGAAAACAUGUCGACCACGGAGUACUGCGCAAAACUGCAGGAGUGGAUGUGGCAGUACUACUGCGGAUAUGUGAACUGGCAGAGCUGGAUGGCAAUGUCUACGUCUCCGUUCCCUCCUUGCUACCCGCCACAGACGGGGAACGAAGCUCCGACUGUGCCUCUCUGGGGAACAGGCCAGCUGCCUUCGGAUGUCCGUAAUUGGUACAAUCAGUUUAACUUCGCCGCUCCGCCGUAUUUCGCUGCCGCCCCCCCAGCAGGUGCUCAAACGGGGGAAGUGACGGCUGGGACCACUCCCGUGUCCACCGAACGGCCCGCACCACAGCAGCAGCAAAAUGGAAACGUACAGCAAGCAGGUCGGGAGUACACAAUUCCCUCUCCUCUUCAGAGAUUCUUGGCGGAAAUGCUGGAUUUCUUCAUCCUUUUCUUCAUAAAAGCAACCAUAAUUCUCAGCAUUAUGCACUUGAGUGGGAUGAAGGAUAUUUCCAAAUUUGCCAUGCAUUUCAUCGUGGAGGAGAUAGACGAGGACACUUCUAUGGAGGAACUGCAGAAAAUGAUGCUGGUGGCUCUGGUCUAUAGGAUACUGGUCUGCUUCUAUGAGAUUAUCUGUAUCUGGGGGGCUGGGGGAGCCACUCCAGGGAAGUUCCUCCUUGGACUCCGGGUCGUCACAUGCGACACCUCGGUCCUGGUGCGUCCCAACCGGGUCCUGGUGGUACCUGCAUCCAAUGUCACUCUCUCUGCAUCGACGGUCCGAGCUCUCAAUAAGAACUUCUCCAUCGCCUUUUUCUUCCCGGCCUUCAUCACCCUCCUCUUCUUCCAGCACAACAGAACCGUCUACGACAUUGUGGCUGGCACCAUCGUGGUCAAGCGCAACCGAGCCAGAUGAGUGCACCAGGGAGAACAGAGUUUCAUCUCAGGCCUGGGGGGUGGGAACUGUGGACCUUGCAGUCCCUCAGGAGCAUUGGGCAGCCAGGGCGUGGGGAUAGGACCAGCAGGACCCAGGUAUUGCUGCAUAUCUGCUGCAAACCGGGUGGGGAAAAAGAGUUUCACUGGAGACCAUUUAUCGCUAGAAAGACCAAGUACACUGUGUUUCUUUCUGGUCAUGCUAGUGGAGUUCUGGUCAUUGUUUAAAUUGUUGAACCUACGGAAUACUGAUGAUGGAACUUUCGGUUUAACAAUAGCAGGGACAGAACUCUUGGUGUAAAAUUUAGAGUGUCAAACAUCUUGCUUACUAGAUAGAGUCUUAGGUUUCUCUGUGAGAGGAAGGUGGAGUUCCCCUUAUGCCUGAGUUUGCAGUUAAUCGUCCACUUCCCUUAAUAAGUCUCCUGAACAACUUUUUUUUUCUCCCCAGAAUUUCAGUGUCAUUCAUUUGAAUGGCGAUUUAUGAUAUAUUAACAUGUUUUAAUAAAUCUGAAAUAAAGCUGAUAUGAACUCCAGCUCUUUAUUUCAGAGGUAGCCUCUGUGCUGGGUAGGUUUCUUCAUAAACACACUUUGUACUAAAACAAUGUGUGACUGUGCAAGGAAACGUGAAUAACAGGGCUGCACAAGGUUAGAGACAGAUAAGAGAAGUGGUUCCAUUUUGCCUGAUGGCCCAUUUUACAAAGCCUGACUGACAGUUCAUAAAUCUCGGAUGCAAUCUCACAGAGCUUCUCAAGCAACUCUUCCGCUGUUCUCAAAGGUCUGUCUUUCCUCGUAACAGUAGACAGACCGCUGUUUUAAGUCCCAAGUGGUGAGCUCUGCGAUACUUCUUACAAUAAGAUGAAAUGACUCUAAGUCUCACUCUCAGUGUUCUUGUAGAGCACAGGAAUGGCUUUCUUCGCCGCUUGAAGUCUGCAGACUCUGCUCAUUACAGCCUCUUGUCACUUGGUGUUACUCAACAUUUUCUAAACAUACCUGGUUGGGGGUUGCUCUUCACUCUGGUUGCUUAGCAAUACUUGACCGUUGAACCUCAUGUGGACUCAGACUUUAUCAGAUUUCAGGCCUAUGGUUUUGUUGUUUCAGUACUCCAGGAA